AUGGAGGACCUGGAUGGAGCAGACCUCUGCUUUCCACAACUCAUCAACAUCUCCUGCAAGAAGCCUGCACCUCCUCAGACUGAGGAUCUGAUCCUAUAUGUUGUGAUGUUCUCCGUCUCUCUGCUCACUGUUGUUCUCAACCUGCUCGUCAUCAUCUCAGUCUCCCACUUCAGGCAGCUGCACACACCAACUAACAUCCUCCUCCUCUCUCUGGCCGUCUCAGACUUUCUCGUUGGUCUCUCAAUAAUUCAGUUUGAAAUCCUCGUACAACAAGCCUGUUGGUUUCUUGGUGACUUUGCAUGUUCUAUGUUUCAGUACAUAGGAUUUGUCAUCACUUCUGCCUCAGUGGGAGACAUGGUGCUGAUAUCAGUUGACCGUUAUGUGGCUAUUUGUGACCCUCUGCAUUAUCACGCCAGAAUCACAGAGGGGAGAGUUAAACUCUGGGUUUGUCUGUGUUGGCUGUUUUCUGGUCUCCACAACAUUUUAUUCUUAAAGACUCAAAUCGGCAACUCCUGCUAUGGAGAAUGUGUGAUUAACGUUGACCUCAUUGGGGGAACUGUUGACCUUGUUGUCACCUUCAUUCUUCCAGUUGCAGCCAUUAUACUUCUAUAUAUGAGAGUGUUUGUGGUGGCCGUGUCUCAGGCUCGUGCCAUGCGCUCUCACACUGCAGCUGUCACCGUAGAGGCUUCAGUGAAUCUAUCAACAAAAAAAUCUGAGCUGAAAGCAGCUGGGAUUCUGGGUAUUGUUGUAUUUGUGUUUCUAAUGUGUUUUUGCCCGUAUUUCGUGAUCAAUCUUGUGGGGGGCAGCGCAUUUUUCGUUUUUUCAGUUUUUUUCUUUCUGUUCAACUGUAGCUCCUGUUUGAAUCCACUGAUCUAUGCCCUGUUUUACCCCUGGUUUAGGAAAGCCAUUAAACUCAUUGUCACCCUGCAGAUCUUGAAGCCUGACUCUUGUGAGGCCAACGUACUGCAGAGAGGCUGA